AUGAGCUUCCUCGCGACGCGCGCCAGCGCUCAAGAUGACGCGUGUGGCAGCAAGUGUGGGACCGUUGCGGAGUGCGUUGUGGCUGCUGAUGGCACUGGUGCAUGUGAGUGCGUGGACGGGUCUACCUUCAACCAAGUUGACAAUACAUGCGACGGUGUUGUUGUGGAUGCGUGUGGAAACAAGUGUGGGACCGUUGCGGAGUGCGUUGUGGCUGCUGAUGGCACUGGUGGUGCAUGCAAGUGUUUGGACAAUUCUACCUUCAGUGAUCUUGACAAUACAUGCGAUGGUGUUGUGGACGCAACAGUGACUGUGCCAGCAGCAGCAGCAGCAGCAGCAGCAGCAGCAGGUUCGGGAGGUGAUGUGUGCGCCAACAAGGAGUGUGGGACCGAUGCUGAGUGUGUUGUGACUGAUCUUGGCGCCGGUGUUUGCCAAUGCUUUGACGGUUCUACCUUCAGCGAUCUAGACAAGACAUGUGAUGGUGUUGCUGUGGACCCGUGCGCAACAGUCAUGUGUGAGAAAGAGUUUCUGCCAGUGUGCAUGGUGGUUGGUGGAAAGGGGGUGUGCGACUGUGGCUACGGCUAUGUCAUGGAGAACGGCGUCUGCAUAGACCCGUGCUCUAGAGUGGAUUGCGGCAGCGAUGGUGGUGUGUACCAAGUGAAUGGUGAUGGCGUUCCCGAGUGCGUGUGCUUCUAUGGGUUGGACUUCGACGAGUUUGACAUGUCAUGCUACGGCCCCUUUCUUCAGACGACGGUGCAGCUGCAGCUGCAGGCGCAGGUGAAUGGCCGCCAACGCAAGUAUGCGGAGAACGUCAACUUCACCACUGACGUGCCGGCAGAGAGAGCCUCUGGCAGCACCGCGUGCACGGACCUGAGCUCAAACUCCAGCCUGCAUGGCGACACCAAGAUCACCGUCGGCAACCCGGGCUGCACGGACAAGCCCGGGCUGACGAUUGAGCGUCCGGUGAAGAAUGGCCGAUCCUACGGCUCCACGGAAAGAAUUGUCAAAGGCACGGAUUUGCCGAGAUCUGUUGGCUGUGAGAUAACCACGUGUCACAAGGACUGCGGAGCGGCUGAGUGCGUUGUGAAGGACGGCAAGCCGCAGUGCCGGUGCCCCUGGGGUUUUGUGUUCAAUGAGGCUGAGAAGAACUGCACCAUGAACCCUACACCCAUAAACCCUACUGACAACCCUUGCAAGACGGGCACACUGAAGUGCGACAAGAACUCCAUGUGCGUUGUGAAGAACGGGCAGGGGACGUGCCAGUGCAACGCCGGCUACACCAAGACCAACGGCCUCUGCACUGCCAUGUGCAAGCCGGCCUGCCCUGCUAAGGCCCAGUGCACGGUGGUGGGAGGGAAGGCGCAGUGCCGGUGCAAGGCGGGUUACACAAUGGACAAGAGCAAGAGCCAGUGCACAC